UGUUCUGCCUUUGGGGCAAACUUGUCGAGCAUACUCGAUGUUGAACCCAUUAACAAUCUACUGACCCAGGGGCGCCGUUCCAAGAUCGCCAAAACCAAAACCCUGAGCCAUUGGGCAACAAAAGAGAUUCGCAAGCUCAAGAAUUACACGUGGUCGAUCGAUCAAAGGCCAGAUUCGAAUCCCAAUGCCAGGCCUGGAGACGUGUUCUACAACAUGCGGGUGAUGGUUUCCACUCAAUCUUACAUUCACCAAGAAGUCUGUGAAGAGUCAUUCACCCUUCGACUACCUCCAAAAGCACCUGAAUCCAAUCCUGCAGACGAAAGUGGUACCAAAGUUACCGCCACAUUUCGACUGCCUAGUCAAAACGCGAUGAAGCCCUCGAGUGGGUCAAACCUGGAGGAAAUGGAACCAUCGGAGGACAAUAUGGCAGAGAUCGCACGAUUACGUCGAAAGAAACGGAUCGUCACUAUUGUGCCUAGUCAUCUCAAAUCCAAUCGGAUCAAACGGUCUCGACCCAAUGAAUGGGAUGGUGACCAAUUUCAUCCCGAUAAAAACUGACUUCUGCGUUCUGUUCUCUUUUACUGAAACUUGGCUGUGAUAAAUUUCUAGGAUCUUG